AUGACUGACAUCUCCACUAAACCUCGCGACCAAAUUGACCCUAACGCUACAACAACCGAAUCACUAACACUGAAUGAGAUGGUUGAGCAACAUAACACCUCUGAGCGUUACAAGUUGCUCGACGCCGACAUCAAGCAGUUUCUGCUGGAUAUGCAGGAGAAACAUGGCGUUCCUCAGAGCGUCGUCAUCGAGCGUUGCGGUGGCAAGAUCGCCAGAUACUGGAAGUCGAGCCACGCAAGAAAUGCUUGGAACUUUGUCAGUAACAAUAAAGUUGCUGCUGAUAACGUGGCUGUUGAUGGCGGUGAUAGUAAUUCCGCUUCUGGUCGCGGUCGUGGACGUGGUCGUGGACGUGGACGUGGACGUGGACGUGGUCGUGGACGUGGUCUUGGCAAUAGCAGUAACAGUAGCAGUAGCAGUGCUGUUUUGUCUUCAAUGGGUGACCAGGAUGGUGAGGCCCCACCUAGGGAUGUCACCUCCAGCGAUGGAUCGGUUAUAAAGAUGGAUCGGUUGAAGGAAAUGUAUGCCGGUUUAAGCGAUGACGAAAAGGCGCAGUGGCAGAAAAAGGCAGAAGAUCACAACAAGCAGAAUCUCCUGGAAGGAUUGAUCGACGAUGACGAUCUUGAAAUGAGACGCGAGAAAUUGCUCAAAAUUGCGCGUCGCCAGAUUUCUUUGGCAUGGAGUAUGCGCCAGCACCAGUCCAAGGAGCAUAGUAUAGCCUCUCCAGGCUUGAGACGUGGCCACAAGUCCCAGAAGACAGAAGAGGAAAAAGAGGAACGGCGUAUGCGUGCAAGAGAGAGCUACUAUGCCAAUAAAGACGACAGAAAAGACAGGCAGAAGCAUAAGCACUGGAUUAAGAAGGCGAAGGAGUGGCGAAACGCCUUCAGAAUGGAUGGCAAGGCCGUUGAAGUGCAAGUCCGCAGCUACAUGUCUCUGAACGAUCUCAAACUUGAGCGUGCAGCUGUCAACGACUAUGUGGCAUUGCCAGCAACAGAGCAGGAAAUCUUGUUCUACGAUUGCAAAUCAGCAAUCAACAACGUCAACAAGCUCGCCCUAGGAACCAACGUUCCAAUUUUCCGUGGUGCUAAGUGGUCUGGCCGGGUGAAUUGGACUCGCCAUGAGGAUGACGCGGUGUCGUCGUGCUCGGAAGCACUUACAGACGAUGAGGAGGAGGAGAAGAAGAGGAUACCGACAGCCACACGGAUGUCUCAGAACUGGAGAGCGAUAGUAACAGCAGCAACGUUGACUACGACGACUACUAGUUCGAAAUGA